GGGUCUGCUCGCUGCCCCCGCUAGCCCUCGGCUCUUGCCGCUCGCCGCUGGAGUGCCCGCUGGCGCGCGGGGUUCAAGAGCGCCCAUCGGGAGCGCGCCAGCCUGCCUUGCCCCGGAGCCCGAGCGCACACUCGAGGUCCCACCUGAGGUGCCCUUGACUAUCCCUGUCCCCCAUCCCACCCCGGAUCCCGGCAAUGCUAACCGCCGUCUGCGGCUCUCUGGGCAGCCAGCACACGGACGCGCCUGCUGCCUCCCCGCCGCGCCUCGACCUGCAGCCUCUCCAAACAUACCAGGGCCACACGAGCCCGGAGGCCGGGGACUACCCCUCCCCGCUGCAGCCUGGAGAGCUGCAGAGCCUCCCGCUGGGCCCCGAGGUGGACUUCUCACAGGGCUAUGAGCUGCCGGGGGCCUCCUCUCGGGUAACCUGCGAGGACCUGGAAAACGACAGCCCCUUGGUCCCGGGACCCUUUUCCAAGCUCCUGCAGCCGGACAUGUCACACCAUUACGAAUCGUGGUUCCGGCCGACACACCCAGGCACCGAGGAUGGCUCGUGGUGGGACCUUCAUCCGGGUACCAGCUGGAUGGACCUCCCCCACGCUCAGAGCGCGCUGACCUCACCUGGCCACCCCGGGGCGCUUCAGGCUGGCUUGGGGGGCUACGUCGGAGACCACCAGCUCUGCGCCCCGCCGCCCCACCCACACCCGCACCACCUCCUCCCAGCCGCCGGAGGGCAGCACCUCCUGGGGCCUCCCGACGGGGCGAAGGCGUUGGAAGCGGCCGCCCCGGAGUCCCAGGGCCUGGAUACCAGUCUGGACGGGGCGGCCCGGCCCAAAGGCUCCCGGCGGUCGGUGCCCCGCAGCUCAGGCCAGACCGUUUGCCGCUGUCCCAACUGCCUGGAGGCGGAGCGAUUGGGGGCUCCAUGCGGGCCCGAUGGGGGCAAGAAGAAGCAUUUGCACAACUGCCACAUCCCAGGCUGUGGGAAAGCUUACGCCAAGACGUCACACCUGAAGGCGCACCUGCGCUGGCAUAGCGGCGACCGUCCCUUCGUGUGCAACUGGCUCUUCUGCGGCAAGCGCUUCACGCGCUCUGACGAGCUGCAGCGCCAUCUCCAGACCCACACCGGCACCAAGAAGUUCCCCUGCGCCGUCUGCAGCCGGGUCUUCAUGCGCAGCGACCACCUGGCCAAACACAUGAAAACCCACGAGGGCACCAAAGAGGAGGCAGCCGGGGCAGCGGCGGCAGAGGGCAAGGCUGGCGGAGUGGAGCCCCCCGGGGGCAAAGGCAAGCGUGAGGCUGAGGGCAGCGCGGCUCCCUCCAACUGAGCUCCUCCGUCCUGCCUCCCCGCUGGUCUUCCCUGGGGCCAUCAGAAGAGAGCCCUCGGGCCUGAUGCCCUGUUGGGGGGGCGGCUUGAGUAAGAGGAGAAAGGGGUUAUUUAUUGAGAGGCAGGAAAAGUGGUGUGGGGGUCAGGGAACCGGGGCGCUAGGGGUUUCGCAGUCUCUGGAGCUGGACAGGACAGGCGCGUUUGACUGUUUUGACUGGGCAGGGAGGAGCCGCGCAUGCCGGUCAGUUCUCCCCUUCCUCUCUGUUUCACUCACGCCCCUGGGCUGGGGGCUGGGGAGGGAUACCCCUGUGGCGGCUGGAGGGCGGAGGGCACAGGUUGGAGGAGACGGCGUGUCCCGGGAGCAGAGGGGAGUGGGGCCGCCCCGGGCGCUGGGGGUAGCUGUCUGGACACGUCCUUAGCGCCUGGGAACCGGGACAUAAAAGGGCCUCCAGAGCCGCCCUGCGCCCCGGGUCCCUUUCAUCCCCCUUAGAUUGCUUUUACCCCAGGGUUUCCGGAGGGAGAGCUGAGAUGGGGUAUCAGAGGCUGGGGGUCCCCCUAAGGGAGGAGAUUCUAUCUGGCUAGGAGGGUUGUCGCCACAGAAGUAAACGCCUUUGAUGUGCCUCCUUAUUAAGCCUUCCAGACCCAGUCUGAUGGAGCCAUGAAGGAAGAGGGGAAGAGGGCCAGAAUCCCGCGACAGCUUCCAGCAAGACCAGUGGGGUGGAGGAGAGAGCUAGAUGUGGGGGUUGAGCAAGGAAGUCUCUUCUGAAAAAACAGGAGAAAGGAAUUUGGUCAGGAAGUGGAACUAAGCCUUUCCCUUUCUAACUCUGAUUCAGACCUUAAGUUUUGGUCUUUAUAAAAAUAAAAUUCAGUAGCCCACUCUGGUCUGUCACCCCGGGUAGGGCUUCAAGGCAGCCAGGAGCCCAUGCUCCAGAACUGAUGUAGUUCCUCACCCUAGGUCCCUCGGCAUUUGCCUUCCCCUUAGGGAUAGAAGGAAGAGGGUUAUCUUGGCUGCGUGGGGUUAGGUGGGAAUGUCCACCUCCAACUGUUUGGCUCUGAGUGGAGAAGUCUGUCCCUACCUGGCCAUCUUCUCUUCUCUGCUUCUUAGGGGAGAAGCUAAGCCCCACUAUUUCUUUCGCUCGACCCUCCCCUUUCCCGAUGCCUACCAGCCUUGCUCCUCCUGUAGAGUGUGUUAGGAGGCUCCCCUUCCAAAUGAAGAGGUUCUCUCGUUGGAAGGGGACUGCCUUCUGAGGUGAUGUCCAGGAAACAUCCCUGUUCCCUUCUUUAGAUGCUAGAAAUACAUCCUGAUGGUGGUCCUGGA